CCGCCAGCCAGCCAGCCAGCCAGCCGCCCCCUCCCUGCCCCCCCCUCCCUCCCCCGGCGGCGGCUGAGGUGGGGCGCCGCGCCGCGGUCCGGCGAUGUGAGGAGCCUCCGCCAGGACGGCGGCCUCCCCUCCCCCCGGCGGCCUGGCAGGAAGCGCGCGAGGCGGCCGGCGGGCCGCGGCCUCUGCGGACGCGCAGCACGUCUCAAGAUGGCAGAAUUGUUUAUGGAAUGUGAAGAGGAGGAGCUAGAACCAUGGCAAAAGAGAGUGAAAGAAGUGGAGGAGGAUGAUGAUGAUGAUGAGCCAAUCUUUGUUGGAGAAAUCUCAAGCUCAAAGCCAGCUAGUACAUAUAUAUUGAACAGAGUCAACCUCAGCUCAUCACGAAGGGGGAUACAGAAUGGUGCACCCAGUAGAGGUACAGUUGCUACAUUCAAGCCUGACAGUCACCGUUAUGCGACACCUGCAUCCAGCCCCGGUGCCAUGCCUGUUUCAUCAGUUUUUCAGUCUAUAUCCAGACCUACAACUAGCUCUGUAGCUGUUCAACCAUUGUCUAGACCAGUGAAUGUUUCAGGAACUUCACAGACAUUGCAGAGACCAAUUGCUGGAUGUUUAUCGACACAGCAGAUGCCCCGGUCAAAUUCUGGAAUAUCGCAACCUGUUAACAGACCUGUAACUGUUCCAGUGACAACACAGCCAGUAUCAAGAAAUAUUACCAUUCCUGUAAUGGCUCAACCUGUACCGAGGCCAGUGACCAAUGUAACAGCGCAGCCUGGAAUAUUAGAUCAGGAUUAUAUUAUGGAUUCUCCACCAGCUGCACCAGAUAAUACAUCUGGUAUACUGUUUGGUGUGAGACAGAACUCGGGAGUUCCACAGUACCAGACUGGGCCAGCAGUGAAUGUAACAGGUACAAAUACUGCAUCAAGCAGCAUCAAAAACGGAGGACCCUUUCCACGAGCUUGUCCAAAGUGCAAUAUUCACUUCAAUCUUAUGGAUCCUUUAAAGAAUCAUAUGAAGUAUUGUUGUCCAGAUAUGAUAGAUAACUUUUUCCCAGGAAUGGCCAAAACGGAAUGUUCAAGUACAACAAGCAAGACUGCUGAAUCUGAGAAAGGAAAACUGAUUAUGUUAGUUAAUGACUUUUAUUAUGGGAAACAUGAAGGUGAUAUCCAGCAGGUACAACAGGAGCAGAAGACUCAUACAACAUUUAAGUGCUUCAGUUGUCUGAAAGUCCUUAAAAAUAACAUAAGGUUUAUGAACCACAUGAAACAUCACUUAGAGCUUGAGAAGCAGAGCAGUGAAAGUUGGGAAAGCCACACCACCUGUCAGCACUGUUACCGUCAGUUUCCUACCCCCUUCCAGCUGCAGUGCCACAUUGAAAGUACACACACGCCUUAUGAGUCAUCUACUAUUUGUAAAAUCUGUGAAUUAUCCUUUGAAACAGAGCAAGUUCUUUUGCAACAUAUGAAGGACAAUCAUAAGCCAGGUGAAAUGCCAUAUGUUUGCCAGGUAUGCAAUUACCGAUCCUCAGCUUUUUCAGAUGUAGAAACGCAUUUCAGAACGGUUCAUGAAAAUACAAAACAUUUGCUAUGCCCAUUUUGUCUCAAAGUAAUUAAAAUUGGAGCACCAUAUAUGCAUCAUUACAUGAGGCAUCAGAAAAAAGGAAUAUACCGUUGCACUAAAUGCAGGCUGCAAUUUUUGACAUGCAAAGAAAAAAUGGAUCACAAGACUCAGCAUCAUCGAACAUUUAGAAAACCUAAGCAGUUAGAAGGUUUGCCUCCUGGAACAAAGGUUACUAUUCGAGCAUCUGUUGGACCUCUUCAGUCAGGAUCAUCUGCUACAUCUUCUGUUAGUACAAGCACUUCAACAUUUCAGUUAUCACCUAAAGCUAAAAAUACAAGCAGUAAAAAUCAUAAAUCUAAUGCAAAUAAAUCAAAAGCAAAAUCGAAGCCAUCAACUAUACCCAGGAAGCAAAAUGCAUGGACCAACAGCAGCAGCAGCAAAAAAAAAAAUAAAGUUGCAAAUACAGCAUUGCAUAAUCUGAGGUAUCGUUUGGGAGCUCACAAAUGUAUCGAGUGUUUCUCAGAAAUAAAAGAUUUUGCAAGCCACUUUCCCACUUAUGUCCAUUGUAGCUUAUGCAGAUAUAACACUAGCUGUAGCAAAGCCUAUGUGAAUCACAUGAUGAGUUUUCACAGUGCUCGUCCGAGUAAAAGGUUUUGGAUCUAUAAGAAACAUUCAGAACAACUAAGUGGUGUGACUGUAGUGUGUCUUAAUUGUGAUUUCCUGACUGAUGUUUCUGGCUUAGAUAACAUGGCCACGCAUCUGAGUGAAAACAAUACUCAUACUUGUCAAGUUGUUAUAGAAAAAGUUUCUGUAGAUUUCCCAACUGCUGAACAAGUAUCUGACAAACAAGAACAUGACUCUUCAGAGGAAACAAAAGAACACAACAGAAAUCAAACUAACCAAGUUGCAUCGGUUGAAAAGAGUGAGAAAAGUUCAUCAGCUACAGAAAAUGUUCCCAGUUUGGAAUUCGACAGCAAUGACAACAGCUCUAAGAAUGCCUUGAAUGAAAAAGGAGCGUGUUGUGAUUCAGAUAAUAACAAAAAAUUAGUGGAAGAGAGACAAAAAUGUAUUCAUGAUGAAAACGAGUUGAAAACUUGCCAAAGUUCAGAUGAUUUUGUCUUGAAUGACCAGACUAAAGUACAUAGCUUGAAUGCAACUGCAUUGUCAGCAUUGAAAGCAAGGGACUUAAAACUAACAUUGGGUGAAGAUGUUAGUUUUGAGCAGUUCUUGAGAAAAAGAGAUGAACCUGAAUCCAUUAGCUCAGACAUUAGCGAGCAAGGCAGUAUUCAUCUGGAGCCUUUGACUCCAUCAGAGGUACUAGAGCAUGAAGCUACCGAAAUUCUACAAAAAGGUAAGGUUGCAUCUUCAUCGAAGAAAGCUGGACUACUCUCUGAACAAACAGAUGAGACUUCUAAAGAAAGCAGUCCCAGCAGAAUGGAAACAUCUGUAAACAAGACAGAUGAAAAUGAAGCAAGCUGAAAUUAUGUUGAUAUUUUAUUCAGUUCAUUAUAAGUAAUGGUAAGAACACCGUGGACCAUUCCUGAUGAGUGUGCUUGUUGAUGCUAAUUAUUAAAAGAAGACACACAAGGGAAAUUCUGCGUAUGAAGACAGCAUGUACAUGUACAACUAAAUUUACAAGGCGUAACAUGUUAAAUUUAUCUUUUAGUCUCUUGGAUGUGGUGUAUUUUACUAAAAUACAAGUGUGGCACUUGAAAGGAGGAAUAAAUUAUCGUUUUCAUAGUUAAUUAGCCUAGAAUAAGGUGAUUUGUUGGUCAAGAAAAGAAUUUUUAAAAAACUUUCUCCAAUAUCAUUAAACAAAUUUAGUAUGAAUUUUGUUCUAAUGCUGAAGUUGAGCACACUUGUCACAAUGGUUUUUGGUCCACUGAUAAUUUGGAUAAACAUAAAACUACUUUGGGUUUGGUGUCACAUUCCUGUCUGUAAAAGCAUGUAAACAGAAUUAUAUGAACCUAUGCACCUCUGUACAGGUGUAAUCCUGCCAGGCUGUAAGCUUAAAUAAACUUUCAGUGAAAGUGGAAUUAUUACAAUAAAAGUAUAUAUUUGUGGGGUUUUCCGUGUGCAAGCUGUGCUGAAAUACCAGACAUAGUUGUAUAAAAUAGGAUAUACUGCUGAAAGUACUGUAGCUGUUAGACUUUUACUGUUGUUUUAAUUAUUCUUGGUGGUAGACCCAUGAAAAUGGUCUGUAAGUCAAACCAAAGUAUGGCUUAAUGUAAAAACUAUUUUAAACAAAAAGGAAAAAGAAACCCCAAACUGGAAACACCAACUGGCAUGCACUCUGCCAUUUUGCAGCUGCUACUUGCAAACUGUUACAAAAAUUGCAUAUAAAAUAGAAUUGUACAGUUGAAUUUCAGGACUUUUUGUACUCUAAAUUAUGUACAGAAAGAUGGCUACUGGAUUUUUUUGGGUUUUUUUGCUUUAUAGUUAGCAGCUAGAUACGGGAAUGCAUAUGAUUAACAGUAGCUUACUCAUGACUUUGCUGCUCCAUUUGAAACAUUCAGAAUGUGCUUUUGACUUAGUUUUGUUUUUAAAGAAUGUUAAAUGUUUUGAACAGCUGUUAAAGCACUGCUGUAAACUAUCACUUUUUGAGUAAAUAUUUGCAACAAA